GUCGAAUUGUUUGUUGUGAAAGGACCCUAUCGUGUACAAAAAAUUGCGAACUUGUCGACUAGUUUCAAAGUCCACCAGAAUACGGGUUAUAAUAUCACUGAGUAUCAAACAUAUUGCAAUCAUUCCAAUCCCAGUCUAGUUGCAAUGAGACAUUAGUAAUAGUGUUUUAGUUGUGGUAGGUUAGAGAAACAAAAUUGCGGCGUUCCCCACUUAAAUUUUUAACUCAAACAAGUGUGUCAAGUGUUUUUUUAGUACGCUUUUUUUUUAACAUGGCUAGCACAUUAAGAAGAACAGCCUACCAUACAGCAAGGAGGUUGAGCAUUCCAUCUUUAAAACUUGCUAUUCGCAAUAGCAGUACUUUAGAGAAGAAUAUUUUAACUUCACCUUUCAAAGACAUUCCCAAAGUGAACUAUACCAUCCCUGAGUUUGUCUGGCAGAACUUGGACAGAUGGCCGGAUAAGACUGCAACUGUAUGUGCAGUAACAGGCCAUGGCUACACUUAUGCGCAAACACACAGAAUGUCCGUCGCUUUCGCAGCAUCGCUUAGGACCAAGCUGAAGCUAAGGAACGAUGACAAGGUGGCGAUAAUCCUGCCCAACCUUCCCGAAUAUCCAGUCGCGUUGUUCGGCACGUUAGAAGCCGGCUGCAUAGCGACGCUCAUGAAUCCGGCCUACACUGCUCAUGAGCUGCAACACCAGCUAUCAAAGAUCGACUGCCAAGCGAUAAUCGCCUCCAAACUCUCUUACGCUAACAUAAAAGGCGCCCUGGACUCUCUAAAGAAAGACAUUCCUAUUAUCCUAGUGGACAACGAAAACCUACCCGAAGGGACGAUAAAAUUCGCAGAAUUCGCCGAAGAUUUCAACCUAUGUACUGACUGUUUGAAAUCAGUUAAGAGAGAGCCGAACGAUGUGGCCAUAUUGCCGUUUUCCAGCGGGACCACCGGGUUUCCAAAGGGUGUGGUGUUGAACCACAGGAGUGUGGUGGCUAUGAAUCAGCAGAUCUCUGAUCCGGAUAUUAUUGUGAUUGAAGAGACUUCUGAAAGCCACCAAGCCGUCCUGCCAGCAGUGCUACCCUUCUUCCACAUCUUCGGGUUCAACGCGCUGAUGGUGAACCAGAUGUAUCUCGGCGUGAAGCUGGUGACCAUGCCGUACUUCAAGCCGGACCUGUUCCUGCAGAGCCUUGUCAAGCACCAGGCGAAUGUGCUGUUCCUCGUUCCUCCCAUGGUGGUGUUCCUGGGCAAGCACCCGGCCGUGCAGGCGGCGCACCUGCAGAGCGUGUACGGCGUCAUCAGCGGCGCCGCGCCUGUCUCGGAGACCGACGCUGCCGCCGUGCUCAAGAAAAAUCCAAAAAUCAACUUCCGUCAAGGCUACGGUCUGACGGAAACCAACGGGGCGGCGACGAUCGGGUUCAACGUCGACGACAACCACGCCGCCGUCGGCCACGUGCUGCCCAGCUCGCAGAUCAAGAUCGCAGACAUUCAGACACACGAGGCCCUGCCCGCUGGAGAGGAAGGUGAAAUCUGGUACCGCGGCCCCAACGUAAUGCAGGGCUACUACGACGAUGAAGAAGCGACCGCACAGGUGUUCCGAGACGGCUGGUAUAAGACCGGCGACAUUGGCAAGUACGACGACAGCCGAUACCUGUACGUGACUGACAGGAUUAAGGAGCUCAUCAAGGUGAAAGGUUUCCAAGUAGCCCCCGCCGAAGUAGAAGCCAUUAUCCGAACUAACCCCAAAGUGGCGGACUGCGCCGUCAUCGGCGUCCCCGACCCCGUCUCGGGCGAGGUGCCGAAAGCUUUCAUAGUGCCGCAACCUAACCAAACCAUUUCUCCCGAGGAACUCAAGGAAUAUGUUAAUAGUAAGUUAGUGUCGUUCAAACAUCUUAAGGAGGUUCAGAGCAUUGAAGCUAUACCGAAAAACGCGGCCGGCAAGAUUUUGAGAAAAGACUUGAAGGCUAAGUACUGUUAAGA